UUAAAGUUAACAUUUUAACUCAUUUACAAAAUACAACAACUUCAUCCUUCAGUCCUUUUAGGAAUUUGUCGUAGCGCUGUUUGUUUUAAGUAUUACGCUAGAAAGGUAAAAAGACCAAUCAUAAAUGGCAAUGGCUAAUUAGAAAGGUGGAGGAAUUAUGGGUUUACUCCAUAUUUUUGUGUAUAUUGAUCCUGCGUGUGUAAGUGAUUUAUUUUGUUUUGUUUUUGUUGUAAGUCUUACGAUUAUGUAGAGUAGAGGGAUAGUAGAGCGAGAGCGAGAGCGAGAGCGAGAGCGAGAGGGACAAGGAUUAUGGGGAGAUGAAUGGAAUAAUGGUGAGGUUUAGCUAGGUAGGAUGAGAUGGAGCAUCAUGGAGGUGGAAAUGCAAUUGAUGAUGAUGGAUGAGUCCAUCUACGAACUCUUCAUACAAGAUGAUCAUAGCGGUUGAGGCCGUAGGAUUUAUAUGCGAGAUCAUGUUUAAUCUUUAAUUCAAUGGUAGGAACACUGCGGAUAUUAUAAGUACUUUAUCCUUCUUUCUUUCUCAACCUUAUUCCUAAAGUACGACUUCUUGUCAUUCAUUCUUUUGGAAGAUCUUAUUAUUUGGGCAACUAGUCUUUGGGUGAUACUGUUCUUGACUAGUUCUUUUCUCUUCUUACAUUCUUUCGAGCAGAUCAUGCAUAGCUGAGUUGCUGUUUUCAAAUCAUCAUUAUUAUUGUUGCAAUCAUGCAUUUGUCAUUCAUUUCCCUCCUGGUUUCUUCAAGCUUGGUUUUAGCAAGAAAUUUACCUAGGAAUUCUCUUCACACAAAUCGCAAUAUUAUUGCAUCUCCCGGUUGGUCUCUCCAGGCAGAGAAUUGUGCGGUAGGAAGUACAUCUUGCGGGAGUAUUGCACCUGGAGCAUGUUGUCCAUCGAAAAUGGUUUGUGCAAAACCUGCAAAUUCAGAGGUUGCUGCUUGUUGUCCUACAGGUAAGGUACUUCCUCCGUCUCUUCGGAUUCUUGGAAAUCUAAUAUAUAUUGAAACCCAGGCGAAUGUCGCAGCAUUAUUGAAGCAGCUCCAAAAUGUGCUGAUGAUAGUUGGAAUUUAUGGGCUGGGCUGGAUGGAAAUGAUUUCUGUUGUGAAGUGGGCUUAGUUGGUGCUUAUGAUCAUAUUUCUCGUCGAGCGGGAACUUGUGUUUCUUCUGUUGUGGCUCCUACUACUUCGGCGGUUCUGGUAAGUCGAUUGUUUGUGAUUCGGUUGGAAUUGGAAAAUUUACUUCUUUGCAGAGGUCUACUGGGACGGGUUCUGCAAUAACUGCCGUUCCUACGAUUGCCACUUCUGCUCAUAUAACAUCAGCAAUCGUGCGAGAGACUGGUAGUAUUACUUCAAAUAUUGCUAGCAGGACUUCUUCAAAGGCGGUUGCAACUUCAAAGUCCGCAUUAAGCACUGCAGUAGCAAAUUCUAAUGCAGCAGCUAUUCAAAAACCAGUGUAAGCAUCAUAUUUAGUCAUAUUAGAGAUAUACUAAUCUAUCAGGUUCUUUCACUACAUGGUAGGAGGAAUAAAUGAUGCUCAUUGUGAGCAAGAUAUCAUUGAUGCAAUAGCUUUAGGAGUUGAUGCUUUUGCACUUAAUCUCGGUAGGUUGCCAUCCACCAGCAAUACAGACAUGACUUAAUCUUCGAAUCAUCUAGCCGUAACGCUAGAUUCUAGCAAUUCAUGGGCAACCAACACAGUCGCCUCGCUUUUUAAAUACGCCCAAACCCAUAACUUCAAACUAUUGUACUUACCAUUCUCCAUCACCGUAAGAGAAUUUUAACUAAUCUUCACACCUAGUUUCUCUUUCGACAUGACAGGCUUUACAUCCCCGUCUCAAUUCAUCCCAAUCCUCAAAACCUACGUCACUAACAGCGCCUACUACUACUAUUCCGGCCAACCAUUUGUCUCCACCUUUAACGGUGGUGCCUCGAACUUUAAAUUUGGUCAAGAUACUGUGAACGACGGCUGGAAAAACGAGCUACAGGCAGUAAUGUCCGCAUCAGGUCAUCCCAUCUAUUUCAUCCCCUCUUUUCAAGAUGUAGCUGCCUCUUCUUCAUUCUUCACUACCGAAUAUCCAACUCUGAAUGGAACAUUCAAUUGGAAUUCCUGGCCCAGCUAUACAGCAGGCGAUGUACCCGUUAAUACCGUCGACGACGUCACAUAUCAAAAGGCAGCAAAGGCUGCCGGAAAAGGAUUCAUGAUGGGAAUCUCCCCCCUCCAAUUCAAACACAUUGACAAAACGCAAAACUGGUAUCGACGCGGCGAAGCCAAUCUCGAAAAACGCUUCGAUCAGAUCCUAGCCCUGCAACCCGAUUUUAUCGAGUUCCAAACCUGGAACGACGCAGGCGAAUCACACUACAUGGGAAAUUCAUGGCCGGAACCUUUAGUCUCAAAUAGUACACCGGAAGCCCUGUCGAGUAUCGCAUAUGAUCAUACAGGCUAUUGGCAAAUCCUGCAGAGUUUCAUCAGCGUGUGGAAAAGUGGUGCGAGGAGUACGACGGCUAUGGUUCCGACGAAUGGGAAAGAUGCCCAGGGGACUUUUUGGCAUCAUACGCUUUUGAAGGGUGGGGAUUGCACGGGUGAUAAAUUGGGGUUGGGAAAACCGGACGGGAUAGAUGGUGUGGAGGAUAGUGUUACGGCCGUGGUGUUGGUUGCGAGGGGUGUCCAGGGUUUGAGGGGGAGUAUUAGUGUUGGGGGGAAGGUUUUGGGGACUCAGGAUUUAAGUGCCGGGUUUAAUACUAUGGUUGUGAAUAAUAUUUCGACUGGGUCUGUGGAGAUGAGUGUUUUGAAUGCUGGGGGUGUGGUGGUUGUUAGUGGGAAGGGUCCGUUGGAUGUGGUGGAUAAGGCGGAUUUGUGUAAUUAUAAUUUUCAGGUUGUGGGGUUGAGUUAGGAUGUGGGAUGUAGGAUGGAAUUUGAGGAGUUGUGCAGUGUAGGGAUGAAUUGGUGGGGUUGGCAUGAAGAGUUGAGAGGGGAGUUGGGAAGGGAGUUGCUGAAAAGUGCGAGAUAA